GACCGUGUUAAAGCAGCAAUGGCAGCUUUUAUUUUGAGGGUUUGUCAGCAAUGUGGACUAUUAUCUUUUGGGUGUAAGAGCCCUUUAACAAAGUCAAUUGCAGCUACUUGCUGGAGCUCAAAUCUGCAGCAGGAAUGGAGAGAACAGAGAGUGAGCCAGAAGCUGAAGAAAGCACCAAACAACACGACGGUGCAGAAGCUCCCGAUGGAGGCUGGGGGUGGAUGAUUAUGCUUAACUUUUUUCUGGUAAAUGUAUCUACAAUGGGAACAGCGAAAAACUUUGCCAUUUUCUUUGUGGCCUUUCAAGAGCAUGUUGGCGGUUCUUCUGAACAAAUCAGCUGGAUUGGCUCUAUCAUGUCCUCACUUCGAUUCCUAGCAGCACCACUGGUAACCGUAGUAUGUGAAAUUAUAGGAGAACGACCAGCAUCAGUGAUUGGGGCUUGCCUGGUUGGCAUUGGUUGUCUUAUCAGCAUAUUGGCCACAAACAUCCCCUUUCUUUGUGUGUCUAUGGGAUUCCUGACAGGAUUGGGUUUUGCUAGCUUGUAUCAGGUAGCAGCUGUGAUGAUUGUCAAGUACUUCAAGAAACGCCUGGCUCUAGCCAAUGCAAUUGGCCGUUCAGGAAUGGGACUGAGUGUUAUACUAACACCAUUUGUUCAAGUCCUGAUAGAAACGUAUGGAUGGCAAGGUGCCCUACUGAUAUAUGGUGGCGUGAUGUUGAACCUUGUUCCUUCUAGCAUGCUACUACGACCGAUUAACAUGAUGAAAAAGAAAGUUGUAAGUAUUAAACACGAAGACAAACAAACACCUGUGCACCUAAAAAUUGUAGAGACAAUUGAAGACAGCCAAGAUAAAACUGGCACCACAGAACCGAACAGAGCAGAUCCCCUUGAUCAUGAAUCCAUCAGUAUGAACAAUCUACAGCAUGUUGGACUACAAUUAGCCCCAGAAAACGACAAGUGUUCUGAAGUGCCAGAGAACGGGAGCCACAAAAACAAACAUCCCAGUCGGAAUGGUAAUCAAAACUGCUUUCCAACAAACAAGGAGGGAAAUUCCAAGCCACAGCCUUUUUCUUGCAAGCAAUGCCAUGUUGAUUUUUCCCAGCUAAAAAACCCUUUCUUCUACAUUUUCACAUGGUCUUUUCUCUUCAGCCAGCUAGCCUACUUUAUCCCCACUUUCCACCUUGCAGCCAGAGCUAAAACACUGGGCAUCGAGCCAAUGGAUACUGCUUACAUCAUUUCAAUGGCUGGUAUAACAGAGACAGUCAGCCUUUUGCUCUCUGGUUGGAUUGCAGAUCAGAACUGGAUCAAGAAGUAUCAUUACCACAAGAUGUACCUCAUUUUUUGUGGUGUCACUAACCUGCUGUGUCCUCUUGCCACAACCUUCCCAUUACUUAUGACCUAUUCUGUAGGCUUUGCCAUUUUCAGUGGUGGAUACUUGGCUCUGAUACUUCCUGUACUGGUAGAGUUUGUAGGAGCCUCCAGAUUCCACAGUGCUUUGGGACAUGCCUCAUUCAUUGCUGGCCUUGCAGUCCUCGCUGGACCUCCUAUUGCAGGUUGGCUACAUGAUUACACUCAGACAUAUGCUUACUCCUUCAUUUUUGCGGGCAGCUGUUACCUUGUUUCUUCCCUUUCACUAUUCCUUGCACCAGUAGCCCAAAAAUGGAGGCAAGAAAAAAGCUGAACUGACUACAUAAGCAAGCAAAAUUCUGCAGCAAUUGGAAGAUAUCAUGUAACAUUUAUAACAGUUUGUUGACUAUGUAAUAAAAAGAAAUAAAUUAAAGGACUUUUCCAAAAGA